AAAGCAUUUCACAUAGUCACGAAUAAACUAAACAACUCGACAGAAAAUUUAAUUCCCAAAAGUUGAAAACCUUAAUUUUUUUGAAAACUAACUUUACUGCAACGAAAAAUCAUCAAGCUUAAGCAGAAUGAUUCUUCGUAUUCCGUCUCGCGGUACGCUGCGGCACUUUUCCGUGGGGCCACUCCGCUGGUCCAAGGCUAGUUUCCAAAAGGAUCCCCAGACUAGUGUCGUGUUGAAGACCGUCGCAAAAAAAGAACCGUCCGCCCUCGUGGUUUCAGUCAAGGCCGAAGCUGUCUGUGAGGUGACCAAGGACCAGUCGCAGAAAUCUAAGAAGAGCAACAUUUUGAACGACGUUAUGAAGAAAAAGCACAACGAUUACAGCAAAGACUACAACGAGCAGAAGCCUGGCCCGACUACGAUUUCUGGAUAUGGUCAAAUGGGGUUGCCGCAGUUGGGCAAAUCGGUACCUUGGCCUGUGUACCGGGGCCCUUUGCUCAAGGAGUUAUUAGAAAAGGAUUCCACCCCAGUGGACGUGGUCCCCACAAAUGAGAAGAGGAAGAUGACCCGCCGCGACUAUUUGAGACUGAUGUACAAGGAGGAGAGACUAAAGAAUCCCAAGGAGAAGAAGCCGGUCGCCGAUUCAAAAAUGGACUACAUGGAAGUCGACAAGAAGCCACUGAAUCCUGCACGAGUGGAAUUCGUGAAUCUGAAGUGGAAGGAGCGCCAGCACGAGGUGGGAAAGCGGGUGCAGGAGGCAGACACGAAGAACAACGACUCCCGAUUCAAGAUGACCACGGGGCUGAAGGGGAAGAUCGACUAGACGAACCCCCCUCUUUGCACAUACCAGCUGCCUCCCUCCCUUAAAUUGUUAAAAUUCUUGUUAUGAUCCAGCAGUGAUCCAUCACCAGUUGGUGUUUGUGGUCCGCCUUUGCACUUUGAUUGCAUUCAAUAUAUAAAUUAUAAAUACAAAUUAGAGAGCAAAAAAAACAAAUAACG